UAAAAGAAUGCAAUUUCAACUGACCUUCUUUUUGCACCUUGGGUUGCUCAGUUGCACGAAGGCUCAAGAUGAAUGCCGCAGGGAUGCCUGUCAUCCCACCACCGGCGAUCUCCUGGUGGGCCGUAGCUCGCAGCUCAUGGCUUCUUCUACCUGCGGGCUAGACGGAGCCCAGAAGUAUUGCAUCCUCAGCUACCUUGAGGGGGAACAAAAAUGCUUCAUCUGCGACUCCAGAUUUCCAUAUGAUCUGUACACCCAACCCAACAGCCAUACCAUUGAGAAUGUAAUUACAAGUUUUGAACCAGAUAGAGAAAAGAAAUGGUGGCAAUCUGAGAACGGUCUGGAUCAUGUCAGCAUCAGAUUGGACCUAGAGGCAUUAUUUCAGUUCAGCCACCUUAUUCUGACCUUUAAGACUUUUCGGCCUGCUGCAAUGUUAGUUGAAUGCUCCACAGACCAUGGACACACCUGGAAAGUGUUCAGAUAUUUUGCAAAGGAUUGUGCUACUUCCUUCCCCAGCAUCACACCCGGCCAGGCCCAGGGAGUGGGAGACCUCGUUUGUGACUCCAAAUAUUCGGACAUCGAACCCUCAACUGGUGGUGAGGUUGUUUUAAAAGUUUUGGAUCCCAGCUUUGAAAUAGAAGACCCUUACAGCCCCUACAUCCAAGACCUUGUGACAUUAACAAACCUGAGGAUAAACUUUACCAAACUCCAUACCCUUGGAGAUACUUUGCUUGGAAGGAGGCAAAAUGAUUCCCUUGAUAAAUACUACUAUGCUCUGUAUGAGAUGGUGGUUCGGGGAAGCUGUUUUUGCAAUGGCCACGCUAGUGAAUGUGGCCCAAUGCAGAUGGUGCAGGGAGGUGUUUUCAGCCCUCCGGGAAUGGUUCACGGUCGGUGUGUCUGUCAGCACGAUACAGAUGGCCCCAACUGCGAGGGGUGCAAGGACUUCUUCCAAGACGCUCCAUGGAGGCCAGCUGCAGGCCACCAGGACAGCCCUUGCAGGGCUUGCAGCUGUAACAGCCACUCUGACCGCUGUCACUUCGACGGGACCGUGUACCUGGCGAGUGGCGGCCUCAGCGGGGGAGUGUGUGAAGAUUGCCAGCACGACACCGAGGGGCAACAUUGCCAUCGCUGCAAACCCCUUUUCUACAGGGACCCCCUGAAGGCCAUCUCGGAUCCUUACGCGUGCAUUCCUUGUGAAUGUGACCCUGACGGGACCGCAUCGGGUGGCAUUUGUGUGAGCCACUCUGAUCCUGCCAUGGCGUCUGUGGCCGGCCAGUGCCUGUGUAAGGAGAACGUGGAAGGAGCCAAGUGCAACCAGUGCAAGCCUGGUCACUACGGACUGAGCGCCAACGACCCCCUGGGCUGUCAGCCCUGUGACUGUCACCCACUCAGGAGUCUGCCACUCUCUACCUGCGAUGUGGAUACAGGCCAAUGCUUGUGCCAGCCGUUUGCCACCGGACCACACUGUGAAGAGUGUGCUGUUGGAUACUGGGGACUGGAAAAUCAUCUCCAUGGGUGUUCUCCCUGUGACUGUGAUAUUGGAGGUGCUUAUUCUAACGUGUUCUCACCCAAGGAUGGGCAGUGUGAAUGCUGCCCGCACAUCACUGGCCGCAGCUGCACGGAGCCAGCCCCUGGCUACUUCUUUGCUCCUUUGAAUUUCUAUCUCUAUGAGGCAGAGGAAGCCAUGCCACUCCAAGGACUUGCGCCUUUGAUAUUAGCAACAGCUUUGCCUACAUGUGAUGUGUAUUUCCAGCAACAAGGACAGGAUUUCAUAAUUGACAAAGGAAAUAUAAUACUGAAGAGAAAGCAAAGUGUGCAUGCUGACAAGCCAAGUGAGGGCUCAGUGACUUUUGACCAGGUGCCUGCUGAUCACGGUGUUUUCCGAGAGCCAGUUCCUGGGACCCCGGUUACGUGGACUGGAUCUGGAUUUGCCAGGGUUCGCCCUGGAGCUGGCUUGAGAUUUACUGUCAACAACAUUCCCUUUCCCAUGGACUUCGCCGUUGCCAUUCGCUAUGAAAUGCAGUCCACAGCUGACUGGGCUGUUCAGAUCGUGGUUAACCCUCCUGGAGGGAGUGAGCACUAUACACGCAAGACCCCACAGCCAAAGCCUCAGUCUUUUGCCUUACCAGCAGCUUCCAGAAUCGUGCUGCUUCCCACAUCCAUCUGUUUGGAACCAGAUGUACAAUAUUCCAUAGAUGUCUAUUUUUCCCAGCCUUUGGAGGGAGGGUCCCACGCUCAUUCACACAUCCUGGUUGAUUCUCUUGGUCUUAUUCCCCAAAUCAAUUCACUGGAGAAUUUCUGCAGCAAGCAGGAUUUAGAUGAAUAUCAGCUGCACAACUGCGUUGAAAUUGCCUCAGAAGCGAGACCUCAGGUGCUCCCUGGUGCGUGUGAAAGGCUUAUAGUCAGCGCGUCUGCCAGGCUGCACAAUGGGGCCGUGGCCUGCAAGUGUCACCCCCAGGGCUCAAUGGGGCCCAGCUGCAGCCGACUGGGAGGCCAAUGCCAGUGUAAGCCUCGUGUGGCCGGGCGCUGCUGUGACAGGUGCUCAGCAGGAAGCUACGGUUUGGGGCAUCAUGGCUGUCACUCAUGUCACUGCCACCCUCAAGGCUCAAAGAGCAGUGUAUGUGACCAAAUAACAGGACAGUGCCCCUGCUAUGGAGAGGUGGUGGGCCGCCGUUGUGAUGGGUGCCUGGCAGGCUAUUUUGGAUUUCCCAACUGCCGUCCUUGCCUUUGUAAUGGGCUCGCUGAACUUUGUGAUCCAGAGACAGGGUCGUGCUUCAACUGUGGGGGUUUUACAACUGGAAGAAACUGUGAGAGGUGCAUCGAUGGUUACUAUGGAAAUCAUUCUUCAGGACAGCCCUGCCGUCCUUGCCCGUGUCCAGAUGUUCCCUCGAGCAAUCAGUAUUUCGCCCAUUCCUGUUAUCAGAAUCUGUGGGGCUCAGAUGUAAUCUGCAGUUGUCUUCAAGGUUAUACAGGUAAGCAGUGUGGAGAAUGCUCUGCUGGUUUCUAUGGAAAUCCAAGAAUUUCCGGAGCACCUUGCAGGCCAUGUGCCUGCAACAACAACAUUGAUGUAAGUGAUCCCAAGUCCUGCAGCCAGGUAACAGGGGAGUGCCUCAGAUGUCUGCACAACACUCAUGGACCCAACUGCCAGCUCUGCAAGCCAGGUCACUUUGGAUCUGCCGUCAAUCAGACCUGCAGAAGAUGCUCCUGCCAUCCUUCCGGCGUGAAUCCUGCUGAGUGUCCCCCUGACCAGGGAGCUUGCCUCUGUGACCCUUACACUGGCACAUGCCCUUGUCUGCCAAACGUCACGGGCCAGGCCUGUGACCGUUGUGCUGAUGGAUACUGGAAUCUGGUCCCCAGGAGAGGAUGUCAGCCUUGCGAUUGUGACCCCCAGACCUCUCACAGCAGCCACUGUGACCAGGUUACAGGCCAGUGUCCGUGUAAAUUAGGCUAUGAUGGGAAACGCUGCAGUGAGUGCAAGGAAAAUUAUUAUGGUGACCCACUGGGGCGAUGCGUUUCGUGUGACUGCAACUGGGAAGGUACCCUGAAGCCCGCCUGUGACCAGGACACGAGCGUGUGCCUCUGCCGGGAGGGCGUUAGCGGCCAGCAACGUGAUCGCUGCGCCCGGGGUCACAGCCGGGAAUUCCCUGCUUGUCUUCAGUGUCACUUGUGCUUUGAUCAAUGGGACCACACCAUUUCUUCCCUCUCCAAAGAGGUGCAAGGGUUAAUGAGGCUGGCUGCUACCAUGAAAGAUAAAAGAGAGACCCUGCCUGUCUGUGAGGCUGACUUCAAAGACCUCAGCAAGAACAUGUCUGAAAUAGAAAGGAUUUUGAAACAUCCUGUUUUUGCAUCUGGGGAAUUCUUAAAAGUCAAGGAUUAUCAUGACUCUGUUCGGAAACAAAUCCUGCAGCUAAGUGAGCAGCUGAAAACAGUGUAUGAAUUUCAAGAUCUGAAAGAAAAAACAGUAAGAAUGAAGAACGAAGCAGACCUCUUACUUCAAGAUCUUCAGGGAGAAAUUGAUUUGUGCUCCCGUGCCCGUAAUGCAAGCAUUGUGGAUUCAUCAGAGAACAUCAAGAAGUAUUAUCAGAGAUCAUCAUCUGCUGAAAAGGAAAUUAAUGAAACUACUUCCAUCAUAAGUAACUCAGAAAAAACCAGGAAUGAAUGACUUACCGUCUUAGAUACACUAGCCUCAAAAGAAAACUUGUCACUGGAAAAAUUAAAGCAGAUUAAGAUACCAGAUAUCCAAAUGUUGAAUGAAAAGGUGUGUGGAGAACUCGGGGACGUGCCCUGCGUGGUCUCGUCCUGUGGUGACCCGAGCUGUCGCGGCUCCCUCACCCUCUCGAGGAACGCCCUCCAGAGAGCUCAGGAAGCAGGGUCCGUGAUUCAUAAUUCGAGCAAUCAGGUUCAAGGGUUGAAGAAUCAGAUCAAAAAUAUAAGUAAACUGGCAGAAGUCUCCAAAAACAGUGCCUUACAGCUAAGUGAGAAAGUGAGAAAUAUGAAAAACCAAAGUGAAUCUGAAGAAGAAAAAAUGAAUCUUUUAAUCAAAAAACUGAAAAAGUUUUUGUUAGAGGAAAACGUGCCUCCAGAGGACAUAGAGAAGGUUGCAAACCGUGUACUUGACAUCCACCUACCAAUAACAUCACAAAAUCUAACCCAUGUGCUCAACAAAAUACGUAAACUUAUGCAACUCUGUGAGGACUAUAGGACAGAAGAGAACAGGCUAAAUAAAGCAGCAGAUAGAGCCCAAAGGGUUUUGGUGAAGGCAAAAGUAGCUGAGAAAGCAGCAAAUGUUCUAUUAAAUCUUGACAAAAUGUUGAAUAAGUUGCAACAAGUUCAAAUUGCUCAAGGAUGGGCAAAUUCUACCAUCACACAGCUGACUGCCAAGAUAACAAAAAUAAAAAAGAAUGUACUGCAGGCUGAAAAUCAAGCCAAGGAGACUAAGAAUGAGCUGGACUUAGCGAAGCAACAGUCAGCCCUGAAGGAUGGACUUUCCCGGCUGUGGACCAAGUUACAAAGCAAUCGAGACCAAGCCACCCGUGUGAAAGCUCAGGCUGAAUCAGGCCAACGCCAGGCUGGUGGCCUUGAGGAGGAGUUUGUUGAGCUAAAAAAUCAAUAUGCUAUUCUUCAACAUAAGACAAGCACUACAGGACUGACAAAGGAAACAUUGGGAAAAGUGAAACAGCUAAAAGAUGCAGCAGAAAAAUUGGCUGGAGAUACAGAGGACAAGAUAAGAAGAAUAACAGAUUUAGAAAAGAAGAUCGAAGAUUUGAAUCUAAGUAGACAAGAAAAAGCUAAUCAACUGCAGCAGUUGGAAGAUCAAGUCAUUGCCCUUAGAAAUGAAAUCGUUGAGCAGGAAAAUAAAUAUGCUACAUGCUAUAGUUAGGUAGAGCUCAAGUGCAAAAUCACCUGUGCCUUCUUUUCUGGCUUCUGAUACGCAAACCUGAGGAGCUAUGCUGAACUUGGGAAACACAACUGGUCAGCCUCUUCUGCCUCCUUCCCUGAGGUCUCUGCUUGCUGCGGAUCUGCCCAGUGUGGCUGGGGAGUGGAACCGGGCCACAGAAACGCCACUUGCUAUGGAAUAGA